UAUUUGUGUAGCUUUUGAGGAUGCUACCGGCGUUGGCCGUGUUUGGCGUCGUCGUCCUCGGUGUCAUCUACCAGCAGUACUGCCUUCCAAAGGGCAAAGUCGCGCCACCACGUGUCUACUGCGCGCCGGACGACGCGACUGCGCGUCCUGGCCACGGCCCCAUCUACCGCACCGGGUCGUUCCCGAGACCAGCGUACGGGACGCCGCUCGAGGCACUCGCAGCGUCCGUACGUCGGUACCCCACGAAUCCUUUUCUCGGUCGCCGGAGUCCCAACGCCUCGUACGUCUGGGCGACGUACGAGCAGGUCUACGCGCGCAUCGGCGACCUCGCGUCCGGCCUGCUGCAGGGCCAGCUCCUCGACGCCUCGGGCAUCGCCUGCAUCUACAUGAAGAACCGGCCCGAGUGGGUCCUUGCGCAGUACGCGAUCAGCUACUGCGGCGGCACUGUCUCGUGCCUCUACGACUCGCUUGGCGCGACGUCGACGGCGUUCAUUCUGCAGCAGACGGCUGCGUCGGUAGUCUUUUGCACGACGGCCGAGCUCCCGCGGCUGGCGACGACUCUGACGCUCCGCCACAUUGUGCUUUGCGACGUGGCCGUGGCGCCAGCAACAGAGAUUCCCGGAUGCAGGCUCUGGACGCUCGAAGAGAUCGAAGCGCUGGGCCGCCCGCACCCGAUGGCGCCGACGCCUCGCGCCGCCGACGACGUCUGCUUCCUCAUGUACACGAGCGGCACGACGGGCGACCCAAAAGGUAUCGGCUCAAGCAGGGUCGGCUAG